CCACUUUUCUCGUCUGAAUUUGCGACAGUCGUGGUCCUUAAAUUUCGAGCAUCAUGAGAAAAAUAAAUUGUGUGAACGGUAAAUGCCAGCUUGAGUCAAACGCCAUGGCUCAAAUAGGAGGGGGUAGACUAUCCAUUAAUGGAGAAACUUACAUGCCACUCCCAAAGUCACCGAGAAGAUCGCCAAAGAAGGUUGCAAAAAAGACAAAACAAACAGGCAGUGGCACUUCCUCUCCCAGAGUAAAUUCAUCACCCAAGAAGAGAGGACGGAAACGAAAAGCAUCUCCUAAAAAAUCAACUCCAAAGAAAGCAUCUCACAAAAAAUCAACUCCGAAAAGGAAGACCCGUAAAGUUAAUAAAAGGAAGAAGUAGCCAUGGAAACCUAUGCAAACUCAAAGCUCGUCUACUCCUCGCACUUGGAUUAUUCAAUGCCAGAUACAAACAUUACAUACAGAUUUUUCGCCUAUUUGGCCGCAGCCUGGCUACAGUGAAUCAGAAGGCAAUCCAUUUAUUUUUCACAUUCCGGCGUUAACAAAUCACUUCACAGAUCUCGCUUCGUCUUACUUGUAUCUGCGCUUAAGGAUUCAGAAGGAAAAUGGCAGUGAUCUAGAUACGGAAGAUGACAUUGCACCAAAUGAGAAUUUUUUUGCAUCAUACAUUGAAAGUGUGAAUUUAGAAUUGAAUUCUACGCCCGUCUCACGGAAUCAAAAUUCGCUCUAUUUAUGGCGUCAUUUCAUGGAAAAUUAUCUUUUCGAGUCUGAGGGCGUAAAAAAAUCUACAUUGUCAACCGAACUCUUUUAUUUGGACGAGAAUGAGAAAUACGACACAACUAACGCUAACUAUGCCGUGCGAAAGGCUUACACCAAUGGUUCGAAGCAGUUUGAGGUGACGGGGAUAUUAAAACAUUCAUUGCAAUCCCAAUCACGUUUAAUUCCGGAUGGAGUGCAUAUGACGUUGGCUGUGAAAAGAAGCAAAAAUACACUAGCAUUAUUUGGCAACCCAACUGGUGUGCAAACUUCAGGAGAAACUGCUUCCCAAAAGUCCUACAAAAUAAAAGUCGAGUCCGCAAUAUUUUAUUGCCAUCGGGUGCAGCUGACAGAAAAAGUACUUACUCAUGUGCACGCAAUGCUAAGUAAAAAUCGACUUAAUUUCUUGAUGAAAAGCAAAGAGAUGAAAAGCUUCAACAUCCCGACUGGAAGCUACACUGCAUCAAACGUCCUAUUUUCUGGGCCUACCCCAACAUUUUUAAUUCUAGGUUUACUUACCGCUAAACAAUAUAUAGGCUCGUACGGACUGUCGCCAUUCGCAUUUUCUAAGCAUAAUUUGGAUAUGGUGACGGUGCAAGUUGAAGGUGAAAGUAACGACUUUCUCCGCACUCUAAAUUUUCAAGAUGGAUCGCUUUUGGGUUACAAAAGCUUAAAUUCGCUUUGCACAAAACAACUUGGUAAUGGGAUAGGAAGGGAAGAAUAUGAAGGUCGAAAUCGUUUCCUGAUGGCAGUAGAACUUUUGCCUUCAGCUGGAGAUCAAUUUCAAACCCAGGGGCAUAAUCAGACAAAAUUAUUACUGAAAUUUAGCCAACCAACUACAGAACCACUAGUUCUCGUUUGCAUGGCAGAAUUCCCUUCACUGCUUCAGGUAUUAAUUGUACUAAAUAUUUUUUUAUUUCGUGAUUUAAUAUAAUUUUUUUAAAUAGAUUGACAAGGAACGACGUGUCUAUUCCGACGCAGUAAUAAUUUGAAAUGGAUUCUGUAACACUUUUUAAGGACUUGAAAAAGUUACAGCAAUUAUAUUCUUCAAAAAAUGAGACCAGUGUGUUCGUUAUUACUGGCGAUCCUAUUUUCUGCACUUCUGAUAUAUUUAAAAGCCUUCCCAGUCUCGCAAUAAGAAAUUGUUGUCGUUCAGGUGAAAAAUUAAAAAAACUCGCACAAAAAAAUUACUAAUCUAAUCUAGCGAACAGGUUUACCAGGCAAGUACUUUGUUACAUACUAUUCACACUGUGUGAAUGGUAAACUGGUGUCUGAAUUUUGGGAUCCCCUCGGCAAGCCACAAUCAAAAUAUAAAUUAAGUUGGCCAGUAAAAAUUUGCAAAAGAAAUCGUUAUGCAAUUCAGUCACAUAACUCUAGUACUUGUGGAAAACAUGCCCUAUUCUUCAGUCAUAAAAAACUGCAGGGUGUAGGAUUUCGAAAAAUUGAAAAGCUUUUCAACGUUAGAAACAAGAGAGCCAACGACGACAUAGUAAACUUGUUUUACAAAAAUUUCAAGCAAUCUGUAAGUGAAUGGGGGAGAUUUUAUCGCUUGCAUAAUUUAUUUGACGCAUUAAUUUUGGCAUAGGUUGAAGAGCAUGAUGCAUCACCAGGCAAUCUCAGUACUGGCUUUCGCAAUAAUUUUCGCAUUACAAGUUCAAGGUGAAAAUUCAACGUCCAUUGUGCAGGACUGCGUUAAAUGUACUUCGGACGGUGAAUCGGCAUUUUUCAAACACGUUUAUUAUGCAGCAAGCCAGCCACGAUAUUCUUGUAUGAGAAAUCCACCCACAUCGAACUUAAGUUGGAUAGUGGGACGCUGGUGUAAUCAAGAUGAAUGCUCAGAACUGGUUAUUGGUGAGCCGGCCAAACGCAUUUAUCAGCCGGACGAACUACACUGUGGGAAUCGUUUGCAGAUGGAUAUUGAUAAAAUUCCCCCUCUCUAUAUUAAAUCUAAUUCAACGCUGCAUUUUAAUACAUAUAAUAAUAACAACUACGCAAUUAUUUUCUCCUUAGCUCUGCUAUUUAUGAUAUUAACCUCACUUUUUUAUGCCGCGACUGUUUCAAGAAUGGAUAUUCAGAUUACUCAGAUUCGAGAAAUAGUUAGGAGAAAUAAAAAUUAUGCACAUCGUAAGGCAGAGAAAGGGUGUGACACGGUUUGUUAGACAUAGGUACAAAAAAAAACUGAAAUAAAACCAACAGUAUUUCCUGUUAAAAUUGGUCGUUGAUUAUUUUGCAUAAAAUUUUUGCAUAUAUAAA